AUGAGUGAAGCUCUCCUGGGCAUGCGGGGAGUCGCCUUUCGGCUCUCCCCGCGCAGUUAUCGCCGGCUAGUACCAAAGGUUCGUCUACACAGCAGAAUUGCCACGGCAGCUGUAGACCCAUCGACAACAAGCCACGACACAACGUACCCUCUUAAUUCUUCCUCACCCUCCUCGCCGUCCGCAAAAUGGACCGCCCUCCGAUCCGCAAGACCCUUCUCCGACUUCCUCACCGACACCUUCAACCGCCAACAUGACUACCUCCGCAUCAGCGUCACCGAACGCUGCAACCUGCGCUGUCUAUACUGCAUGCCUGAAGAAGGCGUCCCGCUCUCUCCACCGGCGCACCUCCUCACCACCCCGGAAAUCGUGUACCUGUCGUCCCUGUUUGUCUCGCAGGGCGUAACCAAGAUCCGGCUGACGGGUGGCGAGCCGACAGUCCGCAAGGACAUCGUCCCCCUUAUGCGGUCGAUCGGCGAGCUGCGGCGGAACGGGCUGCGGGAGCUGUGUCUGACGACGAACGGGAUCUCGUUGCACCGGAAGCUGGAAGAUAUGGUCGAGGCGGGGCUAACGGGCGUGAAUCUGAGUUUGGACACGCUGGACCCGUUCCAGUUCCAGAUUAUGACACGGAGAAAAGGGUUUGAGGCGGUAAUGAAGAGCAUCGAGCGGAUUCUGGAGUUGAAUCGGGCUGGUGCGGGGAUCACGUUGAAGAUCAACUGCGUAAUUAUGCGGGGGAUGAACGACCGGGAGAUUCUUCCGUUUGUGGAGCUGGGGCGGGACAGUCCCAUCGAGGUGCGGUUUAUCGAGUACAUGCCCUUUGACGGGAAUAAGUGGAGCCAGGGCAAGAUGGUUUCGUACCAGGAGAUGCUGGCCGUGAUUCGGGAGAAGUACCCGUCUCUGGAGAAGGUGGUCGGGCACAAGAACGAUACCAGCAAGACGUAUCGGAUCCCUGGCUUCCAGGGCCGGGUUGGGUUUAUCACGAGUAUGACGCAUAAUUUCUGCGGCACCUGCAAUCGGCUGCGCAUCACUAGCGACGGGAACCUGAAAGUCUGUCUGUUCGGCAAUACGGAGGUGUCGCUGCGUGAUAUCAUUCGGAAGGAAAAUGACGGCCAGCCGAUAGAUGAGACUGCACUAAAAGAACUUCGGCUCCUUGAGACUGCGGAAGCGGCCGCUCGCAUCCAGGACGAGGGUGGGGAGGUCAAUCAGAGAGAGCGAGAGCUCCUUGAUCUGAUCGGGAUGGCGGUUAAGCGCAAAAAGGCCAAACACGCCGGCAUGGGUGAAUUGAAGAAUAUGAAGAAUCGGCCGAUGAUACUUAUUGGAGGCUUAGAUAGUGAAUAUCAUGAAUAUCUCAGAAGUACGACACCCAGAAUACCUCCAGCCAAUAUCCCCCUUCAUCUCCUGCAUACUCCGCCGUUCAAACUCCAGGCUCGGCACUAUCACAAGCGUAGCAAUAGCAACCCCGAUUCUCGUCCCGAACACAACCCGGAAACAGCUCCAGCAGCUCCAGCAGCUCCAGCAUCAUCACCGUCCCUCCCAACAACCUCCGACCCAGACCUCCCGCACCUCACUCCCUCCCAAACAGUCCACAUGACCCAAAUCACCGAAAAACCCAUCACAGCCCGAUCCGCAACAGCAAGCUGCCUGGUCCACUUCUCCAACGCACGACCACACGAGCUCCUCCGCAAGGGCCUCACCAAGAAAGGCGACGUGUUCAGCGUCGCCCGCAUCGCGGGGAUCAUGGCCGCUAAGAAAACGCCGGAUAUCAUCCCGCUGUGCCAUCCGAGUAUCGGGAUUACGGGGGUGGAGGUUGACGUUAAGCUUGUUGAUCCUGAUCCUGCUCCUGGACCUGGUUCUCUGCCAAGUUCGCAAGCAAGCUCAGGGACGGGGAAGAGGAUGAAGCACGGGGCGAUGCGGGUGGUUGCAACGGUUAGUUGUUCAGGCCGGACGGGUGUGGAAAUGGAGGCGAUGACGGCGACGGUGGGGGCUGCGUUGACGGUGUAUGAUAUGUUGAAGGCUGUGGAUAAGGGGAUGGUGAUUGGGGAGAGCGGGCAUUGGGUGCGGGUUGAACAAGUUAAAGAGGAGCCUUGA